UUGUGGCACGCCCCGUCCACAGCCUUCCGCAGCCCCGAGCGAGCCCCCGAGCUCGAGCCCGAGCCCCCCAACCCACAGCCCCGAGCCACCCCGCCAACAGACGACACGACACAAGCGUCAGACGCGCUCGGAUCACGACGGAACAGAAAGGAAUUAAACGAUCCCGAAGCAAUCGUAUCACCGGAUUUGAUAUAUGAAGCGCACGCUUAUUAA